AUGACAAGUCUCGACCACGAAGCCGGCAACGUUGCUAAGAGCUUCAUUUCCCAUCUCAGAUCCCGGAACUUCUCUGCACUGGAGCUGCUCUUCGCUCCCAAAGCUACGUACUGGGUCUCUGGGGACCCUUCCGUGAUUCCUUGGGCUGGGACCUUGCCCAUCUCGGAAAGGGCACCGCAACUACCAGCAAUGCACAAUGCCUUUCAGAAAUUUCAGAUUGAUCAGAGAUCUCUGACUGCCGAAAAGAAGAGAGCUGUGGUGGAAUUUGGUGUGUAUGGGCAAGACAAGCAAGGAGGAGAGUAUGCAAAUGAUGUGGUCAUGGUUUUUGAAAUCGAUGAAAAUGGAAAGAUCAUAUCCUUGAGGGAAUAUCUCGACAGUAUGCGGGCGCUUACUUAUAUUCAGGCAAAGCGUGAUGCUUAA